AUGGAAGGGCCCCUGUUUGACGAGGGCGAGACAUCAGAGCGGAGGGUGGUUCCGGAACCCACGGCGGUGGAGACGAGGAAGGUAGCGAUGCCAGCUGUUGAGGUUCGCCGCAAACGGCUGAUCCUGGAUGAGUCCGACGAAGACCCCAUCCCGGUUACUUCUGCCAAGGAUGGGAAAAAGGUGGAAGAGCAGAGGAAAAAUUCUCGGCGGUUGGUGAAGCUUGGACAGGGAAACGCAGCGUCCGGAUCCAAAUCCCGUCUGAAAGCUUCUGCUACUGGGGAGAAACUGAUGGCCGAGAAGAAGCAGGGGGGCUACUCAGCCUCAACGCAAGGUGGGCCAACGAAAGAAGACCGAAGGAAAGAAAAAGGGUUCUGUACCUUUGGCGGUGGAGAUCCCCCAGGAUGGCGGAGGGACUGUGGAGCAGAAAGUAGCUGUGGAUAUGGAACAGGGGAAAAGCACCAAGGAGCCGAUUGA